AGGUUGCCACCUGGAGGUGCCAAUGCUGAAACUCAAACAAACGCAUGGUCAUCCAGGAAGAACGUUGAACCUGGUUCAUAACAUCAUCCCAUUAGAGGUGACUGACAUGGAAGAAGAAGAGGCCCCAGCUGCUCCGGUGAUUGUUCGAGAAAUGAAAGAGGUUACGACAGUGGAGAGAGAGAAACAAGAGUCUUUCCAGGAGACGAUGGUAACAACAGUGACCACGCUGACCACGGUUGUUGAAACGACUGCGGAAGCGAUGGACGUAGAGGAGAAGGAGGAAGUUGAAACUGACAAAAUAACAGAGGAGGAGCAGAAGGAAAAUACAGAGGAGGAGGAAACUAUAGAGGUGGAGGAAGUAGAGAUGGACGGAGGAGAAGACAGCGGAGAGGAAGAGGAGGGUCACACAAAGAAGUUUUUGGGACCUUGGGAAUCCGAGGCCUCCUCCGAUGCAAAGCCUCCACGACCAGACCCAGCAUUUAACAGGAGAUGCAGUUUGCUCGCCAGUGAAGUGAAGUAUAAGGAGGACUUUGAGAAGAUGAGGGGUCAGAGUCUGUUUGUUCCCGGAGCCGAACUCAUCCACUCCAAGAACAUCAGCGCUGUCAUAUCUGAGUCUAAGUACAAAGAGGAGGGAAAGAAGGAAGCGUCGAUGUCUCUGUACUCCAUCCUGGCAGAGACUCCUGAGACUCAACGUGCCAGAGAGACUUCAGAGCUGCAGAGUGAGAUUAAAUACAAAGGAAAUGUGAAGACAGAGAUUUCCUCCUCUCUUUAUUCUCUGCUGCCGGAAACCACAGAGACCCAGUUUGUCAAAGAGCUGACGGAGUUACUGAGUGAGAACAAGUACAAGGAGGAAGGGAAGAAGGAGAUGAGCAUCAGUUUGUACUCUCAGCUUCCUGAAACUGCUGAGAUGCAGCUGGCCAAGGCGGUCCACGAGUUUCAGAGCGAGAAAAAGUACAAAGAAGAUGGGAAGAGAAAGGCCUCGAUCUCCCUCUAUUCCCAGCUCCCCGACACUCCAGAGAUACAACACGCUCUGGAGAUGUCCCAGAUGCAGAGUGAGGUGAACUAUCGCCCGAAGGUGCUGGUUAGAGGAGCUCCCUCCUCUCUUUACUCUCAGCUCCCCGACACCACAGAGAUCCAGUUUGCCAGAGAGAUGACUGAGAUGCAGAGCGAGAGUAAAUACAAGGAGGGCGGCAGGAAGAGCCUCUCUCAGAGUUUCUACUCUCAGCUCCCGGAGACUGCAGAGACUCAGUUUGCUAAAACUGUUGCUGAGCUGCAGAGCGAGAUGCGGUACAAGGAAGCGGGUAAGAAGGGCGGGAACUCGUGCCUCUAUUCCCUUCUGCCGGAGACUUUAGAGACGGCUCACGCCAAGGAAGUGUCUGAGCUCUUAAGUGAGGUGAAGUAUAAAGAGGAUGGUAAGAAGGAGAUGAGCAUCAACCUGUACUCUCUGCUGCCUGAGACCAUCGACACCCAGCACGCUAAAGAGGUGUCGAACCUGCAGAGUGAGGUGAAGUAUAAAGAAGGUCUGAAGCAGAAGAAUCAGAGCAGUUUGUACCAUCAGCUCCCAGAGACCACAGAGACACAGCUGGCCAAACAGCUGUCUGAGCUGCAGAGCGAGGCAAAGUAUAAAGAAGCGGGAAAGAAAGAAGUGAAUACCUGCCUGUACUCUCUUCUGCCUGAAACCCUGGAGACUCAACACGCUAAAGAGACCACAGAGCUGCUCAGUGAGAUUAAGUACAAGGAGAGCGGGAAGAAGGAGCGGUCCACCUCCAUUUACUCCACUCUGCCUAACACUUCAGAAACCAGCUUCGCCAGAGAGAUGACUGACAUGCUGAGCGAGACUAAGUACAAGGAGAAUGGGAUAAAAAGCCGUUCACAGAGCGUCUACAGUCAGCUGCCAGAGACCACAGAGACUCAGUUUGCUAAAACUGUUUCUGAGCUGCAGAGCGAGAUGAAGUACAAACAGGGAAAGAAAGACGUUUCCAACUCUCUCUAUUCCACUCUGCCUGAGACUCUGGAGACGCUGCACGCUAAAGAGGCUUCUGAACUGCAGAGUGAGCUGAAGUACAAGGCCGCCCUGAAGAAAGGUCGUUCCUCCAGUCUGUUCCACGUGCUGCCUGAGACCUUAGAGACGGCCCACGCCAAGGAAGUCUCCGAGCUCCUCAGCGAGGUGAAGUAUAAAGAGGAUGGUAAGAAGGAGAUGAGCAUCAACCUUUACUCUCUGCUGCCUGAGACCAUCGACACCCAGCACGCUAAAGAGGUGUCAAACCUGCAGAGUGAGGUGAAGUAUAAAGAAGGUCUGAAGCAGAAGAAUCAGAGCAGUUUGUACCAUCAGCUGCCAGAGACCACAGAGACACAGCUGGCCAAAGAGCUGUCUGAGCUGCAGAGCGAGACCAAGUACAGGGAGGCUGGUAAGAAAGAGGUAAAUACGAACCUGUACUCCCUCCUGCCCCUCACCAUGGAGACGCAGCACGCUAAAGAAGCUGCAGAGCUGCUCAGUGAGAUCAAAUACAAGGAAAGCGGAAAGAAGGAGAUGUCCAGCUCACUCUACUCCACCCUGUCCGACACGUCAGAGACCAGCUUCGCCAGAGAGAUGACUGACAUGCAGAGCGAGAACAAGUACAAAGAAGACGGAAAGAGAAGCCUCUCUCAGAGUUUUUACUCUCAGCUACCAGAAACAGCUGAGACUCAGUUUGCUAAAACUGUCUCUGAGCUACAGAGUGAGAUGAAGUACAAAGAAGCAGGGAAGAAAGGAGUGACGAGCUCUCUGUACUCGACUCUACCGGAGACUCUGGAAACACAGCACGCCAAAGAGGCUUCACAGCUGCAGAGUCAGCUGAAGUACAAGCAGAGUUCAAAGAAAGACGCCUCCAGUCUGUAUCACCUGAUGCCGGAAACCAUCGACACUCAGUUUGCCAGAGAGCAGACAGAGAUGCUCAGUGAGGUCAAGUACAAAGAAGAUGGUAAGAAAGAGAUGAGCGUCAACCUGUACUCUCUGAUCCCCGACACCAUCGACAGCCAGCAUGCUAAAGAGCUGACAGAAAUGCAGAGUGAGGCUAAAUACAAAGAGGCCAGUAAGAAGCAGACAGCAACGUCUCUGUAUCACAGACUGCCUGAAACUCUGGAGACGCAACACGCCAAAGAGGCGUCACAGCUCCAGAGUCAGAUCUUGUAUAAAGAGGCCGGUAAGAAGGAGCUGUCGUGUCCAGUUUACCACCAGAUGCCUGACACUCUGGAGAACCAGUUUGCCCGAGAGCUCACCGACAUGCAGAGUCAAAACAAGUACAAAGAGAACGGGAUGAAGAGCCUCUCUCAGAGCUUCUACUCCCAGCUGCCAGAAACCGCUGAGACUCAGUUUGCUAAAAGUGUUUCUGAGCUGCAGAGCACGAGAAAGUAUAAGAAGUCUGGGAGGCAGGAGGCCGGCAGCUGUCUGUACUCUGUGAUGCCAGAAACUCUGGACACUCAACACGCGAAGCAGGCCUCACAGAUACAGAGCCAGGUGAAGUACAAAGAGGACAUGCAGAAGGAGUUGUCGUCCAGUCUGUUCUCCAGCCUUCCUCAAACCCUCCAGACCGAGUUGGCCAAGGAGGUGACGGAGCUUCAGAGCCAGGUGAAAUAUAAGGAGGGCUGUAAGAAGGAUGCGUCCUCGUCGCUCUACCACCUCCUCCCCGAGACGGCGGAGAUGUAUUUUGCCAAACAUAUGUCGGAGAUCCAGAGCGAGGUUACGUACAAGAAGGACAAAGAGGAUCUGCCCAUCACUUUAUACUCCAUAAUGCCUGAAACUCUGCAGACUCAGUUUGUGAAAGAGAUGGCUGAGACACACAGCGAGCUGAAGUACAAGCAGGCUGGGAAGCAGCAGACAGCGUCGUCUCUCUACUCCAAACUGCCCGAAACUCUGGAGACCAAACACGCCAAAGAAGUGACUGAACUACAGAGUGAAAAAAAGUACAAAGAUGGAGGGAGGAAGGAGAUGGCGUCGUCUCUGUACUCUCAGCUCCCUGAAACCUCGGAGACACAGUUCGCUCGAGAGAUGACUGAAAUACAGAGUGAGAACAAGUACAAGGAGAGUGGGAAGAAGAGCCAGACGGUCAGCGUUUACUCUCAGCUCUCAGAGACCAACGACAUCCAGUUUGCCAAAGCUGUGUCUGAAAUACAGAGUGAGACCAAAUAUAAAGAAGCAGGGAAGAAAGACGCGUCCAGCUCUCUGUACUCGAAGCUGCCUGAGACUCUGGACACUUUGCACGCUAAAGAGGUUUCACAGCUGCAGAGUCAGGUGAAAUAUAAGCAGGACGGCAGGAAGGAGGUGAGCAGUUCUCUCUACCACCAGCUGCCCGAAACCACCGAGACACAGCUGGCCAAAGAGCUGAGAGACCUUUACAGCGAGGUGAAGUAUAAAGAAGAGGGGAAGAAGGAGAUCGGUAAGAACUUGUACUCACUCCUCCCGGAGACGGCGGAGAUCCACUUUGCUAAGCACAUGUCGGAGAUACAGAGUGAGACAAAGUACAAGAAGGACAACGAGGAUCUGCCCAUCACUUUAUACUCCCUGCUGCCUGAAACUCUGCAGACUCAGUUUGUGAAAGAGAUGGCGGAGACACACAGCGAGGUCAAGUACAAGGAAGCAGGGAAGAAAGAAGCCAGCAGCUCUCUGUACCACCAGCUGCCUGAGACUCUGGAGACGCAGCGUAUUAAAGAGGUUACUGAGCUGCAGAGCGAGAACAAGUACAAGCAGAGCGGGAAGAAGUCGAUGUCGUCCAGUUUGUACGCUCAGCUGCCGCAAACCGCCGAGACGCAACUCGCCGCCAAGAUGUCCGACCUGCAGAGCGAGAGCAAAUACAAGGAGGACGGGAUCAAGAGCCUCUCUCAGAGCUUCUACUCUCAGCUGCCGGAAACUGCAGAGACUCAGUUUGCUAAAACUGUCUCUGAGCUGCAGAGCGAGGCCAAGUACAAGGAGGCGAGCAGGAAGGAGGCGAGCAGCUGUCUGUACCACCAGCUACCUGAAACUCUGGAGACGCUCCAUGCUAAAGAGGCUACUGAGCUGCAGAGUCAGCUGAAGUACACGGAAGGAGGUAAGAAAGAGCUGAGUACCAACCUGUACUCUGCGCUGCCCGAGACGGAAGAGAUGAAGUUAGCUAAAGCCGCCAUGGAGCUCCAGAGUGAGAAUAAAUACAAGCAGAAAGGCAGACAGGAGAUGAGCAGCAGUGUUUUCCACCAGAUGCCGGAGACCAAAGAGAUGGAGUUUGUUAAGCAGAUCUCUGAACUUCAGAGUGAGACAAAGUACAAGAAGGACAAUGAGGAUCUGCCCAACACUUUGUACUCCCUGCUGCCUGAAACUCUGCAGACUCAGUUUGUGAAAGAGAUGGCUGAGACACACAGCGAGAGUAAAUACAAGGAGGCGGGGAAGAAGGAGCUGGUUAGCUGUCUGUAUUCUCUGCUGCCGGAGACCAAAGACACUCAACAUGCAAAGGAGCAAUCUCAGCUGUACAGCGAGAAAGCAUACAGAGAGGAGAGUAAGAAGGAAGCCGGCUGCAGUCUGUACGCCCAGAUGCCCCAAACCAUCGAGACGGUCUUCGCUAAAGAGCUGACCAAGACGCAGAGCGACAAGUUCUAUAAGGAGAAGUUUAAUCGAGAGAAGGGGAAGUCCAGCUACACCAACAUGAAAACGCUGCCGGAGGUGGAGCACGCCAUGGAGGUCAACAAGAACCAGAGCGAUGUCGGCUACAGAAAAGGCAAAGAGGAGCUUCACCACUACAGCACGGCCGCAGACAGGCCUGACAUCGUCAACGCCACCAACGCCGCUAAACUGGCCAGCGACGUUGCCUAUAGGAAUAACACCAAGCUGCCAGUUUACAGUGACGGCUGUCUGUUGGCCAGAACCGACAUCCAGCACGCCAAAGAGGUUUCAAAACUGGCCAGCCAGGUGAAGUAUAAGGAGAGCUUCGACAGGCAUUUAAAGGGCCAGAGGCCUCGUUACAACCCGCUCGACUGUGUCUCCUUCAAACACACACAAGCUGCUGCUGCUCUGGCCAGUCAGGUGAAGUAUAAAACCAACCAGAACCAGAAACCAGAGGGUUCUUCAGACCUGCCGAACCUCCUGCAGCUGGAACACGUUCUGCACGCCAGCAAACUGCAGAGUAACGUGGAGUAUAAGAAGAAGUACGAGCAGACGAAGGCUCAUUACCACAUACCUCUGGACACGGCUGAACAGCUCCACCACAAGGAGAACGCGGUGCUGCACAGCCAGGUGAAGUACAGAGAGGAGUAUGAGAGGAGCAAAGGUCGCUCUCAGAUGGAGUUUGGAGACACUCAGACGUACAAAGUGUCUAAAGAAGCACAGAAGAUGCAAAGUGAGAGAGAGUAUCGGAGGGACUAUGAGGAGCAGAUGAAGGGGAAAGCCUUGGUUGACGUAGACCAGACACCUGGAUACCUGACAGCUCUCCACGCCAGCAGCCUGCUGAGCGAGAAGGCGUACAGGAAGGACCUGGAGCAGGAAGUGAAGGGGCGGGGCUUAUCCGGCAUCGGGCUGGAGGACACACCUGAGCUGCUGAGGGUUAAAAACGCCAAUCAGAUACUGAACCAGAAGGAGUACCGCAAAGAUUUAGAGAGGGAGAUUGUGGGUAAAGGCAUGGAGGUGAGCUCAGACGUUCUUGAGAUACAACGAGCCAAGAGGGCCUCGGAGAUCCAGAGCCAGAGGUCCUACAAGCAGACGGAGCAGCUCAGAGAAAACAUAUACGGGACCGUCACAGACACUCCUGAACUGCUGCACGCCUCCUACCUCAAAGACGUCUACAGCCAGAAGAAGUAUAAGGACGAAGCGGAGCGUCUGAAGGGAAGCUACAGUAUGCUUUCAGAAACCCCCGAGAUGGAGAGAGUCAAAGCCAACCAGAGACACAUCAGCUCUCUGCGGUACUGCUGGGACUCCAAGCUGAUGAGAGGCCUGAUGUCGUCCGUAGCAGAGACGCCAGAGAUCGUCCUGGCCAGAGAGAACACCAAGAAGAUCAGUGAUGUCCAGUACAGAGACGAAGUGGGUCGUGGCACCGCUGUCAUGGACACACCCGAGAUGGAGCGAGUCCGACGCAACCAGGACAACAUCAGCUCGGUGAAGUACAAGCAGAGCGCAGUGAAGGCCACAAGCAUCGGAGUGACUCCAGAACUGGAGAGAGUCAGACAGAACCAGGAGAACAUCAGCUCGGUGAAGUACCAGCGUGGUCUGCAGGAGAUGAGGGGGCGGAGCUGCACCGAGCUGGACACACCCGAGUACCGGCGUGUCAGGAAGACCCAGGACUCGGUCUCCAUGGCCAAGUACCACGAGGACUUUGAGAGGGCGCGCGGUCGAGGCUGCACGCCCGGAUUGGACGAUCCCAGCAUGGAGCGCUACCAGAGAGCCAAUCAGAUGAUGGGAGAGGCGGGAUACAGCAAAGGGAUUCACCCGCAGGCGGUGGAGAUGGACAGACGACCAGGAGGCAUCAUCGUAGACCUGAAGGUGUGGAGGACAGACCCCGGCUCCAUCUUUGACUUUGACCCUCUGGAGGACAACAUCCAGUCCAAGAGCCUCCGCAGGAUGUCCGAGCGGGCCGACCGCAGACUGAGCAGGCAGCACUCGCAGCAGUCUCUCACCCACAGCCAGGCUCAGUCUGUCAGCUCGCUGACCUCUGACCUCUGGGACCGCAGCAGCAGCGAAACUCCCGGUAUCUUUACUCGUGUCGUCUUUCUCACCUUGACGCACAGUAGCAGGAUGACUGAGACACACACUUGCAUGUCUCCAGUCCUUCCUGGAGCAUAUCAUCAGGGCAUCCAGAUGCAGCAGCAGCAGCAGUAUCACGGCUACAUGCACCAGACCAGCAUGUCGUCUGUCAGAUCCGUCACCUCCCCGCCGCACUCAGCCACCAUGCGUGUUUACCGGGCGCUGUAUGACUACGCGGCUCAGGACCACGACGAGGUCUCGUUCAGGGACGGCGACGUCAUCAUCAACGCUCAGCCCAUCGACGAGGGCUGGAUGUACGGCACCGUGCAGAGGACCGGAAAGUCGGGCAUGCUGCCGGCAAAUUACGUGGAGUGUUGCAACUAGAGGAGGGAGAGAGAGAGAGAGAGAGAGAGAGGGAGAGAGAGAGGGGAGGUGGGCGAAGAAUGAGAUCCACCCUCACUGUUAUAAGAUCAGCAGUCGGUGAUGAUCUUCUUCCUGUGGACAUCACAUCCAGAUGUUUCCAGCUGUUCUAGUAGAUUAUGAAAACAGAAAUUGAUUCACAGGUAAAAAAAAAAAAAACACAGAUAUUAUUUAUAUUUCAGCUUCAUGCUUCUUCUCUGGGUGUUAUUGAAAGGCAUUUUGGGAAAUGUAGGCAAUCAUAACUAAGGAAGAAGUAUAAGAAGAUGUGGAUUUACCCCCCAAAAAAGAAAUUCUUCAUUAUAAAUAACUGCUGGAAUACGCAGAACACCACCGACUGCUGAUACCAACUGACAGAAUAUCUGAGGAAGGAGAUUUUCUUACAUUGAAAGAAAGAGAGAGAGAGAGAGAGAGAGAAGGUAUAAAUCUAGCAUGCUGUCGAUUAUGUAACUAGAGGAGGGAAAUACGAGAGGAAGGAUGCAUGAAGACAGAAGUUGUGAAAGAUUAGAAACAUCUGUAACUUGUUUAACGACCUGCAGCAAACUAUAUUAGACUAUCGGCUCGGAUUCAAGCAGAAUGUGAACGAAAUUAGUCAGAAAACAAAAAUCAAUUUAAGUCUGAUUAUCGGGUUAGGACGUUUAAAGAGUUCUAUAUGUUUCUUGUUGUCAGUGAAUUACGUUGUUGUUUUUCACUGCUGUUCCAAACACUCACCAGAGCACCACAUGUGGAUUAAUCCGCCACUGAAUAUAGUCCCCAACAAAUGCACAGUUUCUUUCUGCUUUUAAAGGUUUUAAGGUCUUCGGGAGGAACCGAUAGGCCGAGAGAUACAGACAGGGAAGUCAAGAAGUAUUGAAUUUGACAAUGAGAAACAUAUUGAAUAACGGAGAGGAGCAGAGGAAGGAAAGAAGGUAGGAAACACAUCUUAAAGGAUGAGAGUAGGACGGGAAAGAGGGAGAUAACGACUGAAUAUUCUGUCUGUUCCUGGGAACAAUGCAACCAAAGGAAGGAGGGAGGAAAGAAGAACAAGUUUAUGAAUUUAAAUAAGUCGACUAUAACAAAUUAACAGGAACACGGUUUUAGAGAUCUCUCAAGUUUAAUCAUUUAUUUAUCCUGAGUUUUAAUUCAUGUUCAGGUGAGUGUAGUUUAGUUUUUGACUUGUGAUAUAAUCUACAGAAAGACAGAAAGGUCACACAGCAACACUAACCUCUGUGUUUGUAAAGGACUGAACUAACACACUGUGUCUUUUCUGUUUCUUGUAUCAAAUGAUUUUGUUUAUUUUUAACUAUGAAUAAAAGUUUCCACGUCUGCGUGCUGUCCAGAUGAUUUAACCUCCGCACACAGUAACAGUUGAACUGAAAUCUGAACAGACUGUGAGUACGUCAGGCCUUGAGAUUUCUGUAUGUCGCAGACUAUUUUGAUACACGGGCUCCUGUCUAUGUUUUGGAAAGAUAUAUUUUACUCUUUUACUCAUGUGUAUCCAGUACGUUGUGUUUUUGGGGUUUUGUUGUCUUGCUGUGUGGAUUGCAUCCUGGUCAUGUGUUGAAUAAAAACUUCACUCAGCCA